AUGAAGGACAUUGCAGCUAGGGCGACUGGACCGCGGCGGUCCACGCGGUCGGGUCGGAGGGAGCAGCCAAGGGGCAGAGCACAGAAGGAGCGGGAACUGUCGCCCAAGUCUGUGGACCGGAAAUUGAAGACGUUUCAGGAUCUAGAAAGCUGGCUGAAGAUUUUUAUUCUUCGAAAUUUCUCUCAUAGCGAGGCUUUGGAGAUGCUUUAUGGGCCGGUUGCAGGGGGCCAAAGUAUCGGCUUCAACCUCCUCAACGCCAAUCGCAGACUCACCCCAGGGUAUAUACAGCGAAACUACCCAUUCCUGAAGUUCGAGAACGUGCUGCAGCACGUAGCCUUGCCCAACCUGCUCCCUGUUACAAAUAAUUCUCAGCAGAACGGGGAUCAUAGGGCUCGAAAUGGACCGGUGAUCAAGCCGACACACUACAAGGAGAUCUUCGGCUGGCUGAGAAAAAAGGGGAAAGUGGAUCAAGUACUUGUAAUCAUCAUCGAGGAUGACUUGGUGAGCCCUCACGACGACGAGACCAUUGUGGAAACUCUGGACACUUUCAAAGUUGAUAAGUGGAACUGGCGGAAGUACGACCUUUACAGUGAGACCAUCUUCCGGGCUGCUCUGAAUGCGAGUACCGUGUAUCUCUAUACGUCGGGGAACAAUUCCGUUUUGAGGGGGUGGUCGGAUGAAAGUGGACUGAGGAAGUUAAGGCGAGUAAAAGUUAUAUACGAAAAGCAGCGAGACAACGUCAGGGCUCCUCGGGGGUCUAAGCGACAAACCUGGGACCAACACAAAGCCAACUCGGGUCUCACACUACCGCGGGUCAAAAUCGCCCUGAUUGACGACGGCGUAGACGCCAGUCACUCGGAUCUCAGCAGGAUCAUCAAGGAGGGUAUCACCUAUUGCACCUCGAUGCAGAACAACAGAUACGUACCCAGUAGUUUCUACGCCUCUGCCACGGGCCACGGAACCCUGAUGGCAGCUCUGAUCUGCGACAUGUGUCCCAACGCCGAACUCUACGUCGCCAAACUUAAUGACCAAAACUCCAAUAACGGAUUUAGCUUCACAGCAAAGUCUGCAGCAGAUGCCGUCCGCUGGGCCGUAAGCAAAAACGUCGACAUAAUCUCCAUGUCGUGGACCAUCGAAGACACGCCCAAGGCCAAAGACGACCUCGCCUCCCUCAACAAAGCGCUCACCGACGCCGCCAACCGCAACAUCCUCAUGUUUUGCGCCGCGCGGGAUGAGGGGCUCGAAAACCCGACCAACCGGCCCUUCCCCGCCGCCAGCACCACAAACAGCAUCACCAUUGCGGGCGCCGCGGGACCAUCGGGGGCGAUUUCAACGUGGGUUAGUUUCGAGUCAAUCCACCUCCUUUUCCCCGGGUUGGAGAUAAGGGAUGCGAGACAGGAUCUGAUGCCGGCGGAUAUGUCGGCCGUGGACGGCAGCUCCACGGCGACGGCUUGCGCAAGUGGGCUGGCGGGGCUGUUGCUGACGAUAUUGGCGGGGGAUGGGACCAAGAGCUGGAGUGAGGAGGGGAGGCAUGAGAAGAUUAAGAAGAUUAUGGCGAGUGUGGCGGGGAAUACGAAGUACGUCCAGGUGUGGGAUUUGUUUGAUGAGUAUACGGCGGCGAGAGAGGGAGAUAAUAGCGUGUUUCAGAAGCUGGUGGAUGGGUUGAUUUAUAGGUCCAAGUGA